AGGGGCAAUGGCCGCCUGUGAGCAAGAGCAACAACUGAAAAUAAACUCGGAGACAAACACCGCCUAGGGCUUUACUUUCCCGCCUUGCUCAUUUACAUAAAUUUCGCCCAAUUCUAGGGUUUGUUUGUUUGAUUAACAAUGGUGUCCCCAAAAGAGUUGCUCUCUGAAAUUGAAUCGUCUCUCCUAGGCCCUAAUCCUCCUUCUCCUACUCAGAAGAUUCAGCUCAUUCACGCUCUUCGUCGCUCUCGCUCCUCUCUCCAAUCUCUCCUCAAAUUUCCGGCUCCCAAGGUGUCAGAUCGAGUUCAAGUAGAGUCCCGAGAAGUCAGGCUACCGGACUCUGGCCCAAUUUCUCUAGAUGAACAGGAUGUUCAGAUUGCUCUCAAAUUGAGUGAUGAUCUCCAUCUUAAUGAGAUAGACUGCGUCCAACUGCUUGUUUCUGCAAAUCAAGAAUGGGGCUUCUUGGGCCGAGAGCCUUUAGAUAUUUUGCGCCUUACAGCAGGGAUAUGGUACACAGGGAGAAGAGAUUUACUAACAGCACUAUACUCACUUUUGAGGGCUGUUGUGCUUGAUCCUGGGCUUGACGAUGAUCUUAUCUCAGACGUUCAGAAAUACUUAGAAGAUCUUUUAAAUUCUGGCCUUCGACAACGUUUAUUAUCUCUCAUUAAGGAACUGAAUCGAGAAGAACCAGCUGGUUUGGGUGGCCCUAACUCAGAGCCCUAUGUUAUUGAUUCAAGAGGUGCUCUUGUGGAAAGGCGAGCUGUUGUUUGCAGGGAAAGGCUCCUCCUUGGCCAUUGUCUUAUAUUAUCUGUUCUGGUUGUCCGGGCAAGUUCAAAAGAUAUAAAGGAGUUGCUUGCUGUUUUGAAAGAUACGGCAGCAGAGCUUAAUGGUAGCAAUGAUGUAUUGAAGUAUCAGAUUACGUAUAGCAUUCUAUUUUCUCUAAUUAUUGCUUUCAUAUCGGAUGCUUUAAGUGGGAGUCCCGAUAAAUCCUCUCUCCUGUCUAGUGAUGCUUCUUUUAGGCAUGAAUGUCAGGAAAAUUUAUUUAUUGUCGGAAAUGAUCCAAGUGUGGAGGGCUUCAUUGGUUCUGUUAGACUUGCCUGGACCGUACAUUUGAUGACAACACAAGAUGUAAAUGAUUCGAGGGACACAAUAUCAAGUGCUUCUAGUGAUAUGAAAGAUAUUUGUUCCUGCUUGGAAACCAUCUUUACGAGUAAUGUUUUCCAGUUUCUCUUAGACAAGGUUCUCCGAACUGCAGCUUAUCAGAACGACGACGAGGAUAUGGUCUACAUGUACAAUGCUUAUCUACAUAAGUUGAUAUCAUGCUUCCUUUCACAUCCACUUGCUAGGGACAAGGUAAAAGAAAUAAAGGAUAAAGCCAUGGCUGAGUUGAGUCCUUACAGAGUGUCUGGAUCAACUGCUCAUGUGCAUGAUGUUAGCAUGCAAGGUCAACAAGCUGCUGAAGCAGCUCCUCAACCAUAUAUCUCUCUCCUGGAGUUUGUGAGUGAAAUCUAUCAGAAGGAACCUGAGCUGUUGUCUGGAAAUGAUGUUCUAUGGACAUUUGUAAAUUUUGCUGGAGAGGAUCAUAAUAACUUCCAAACACUUGUGGCAUUCUUGAAAUUGCUGAGUACCUUGGCGUCUACUGAGGAGGGCGCUUCAAAGGUUUUUGAUUUACUUCAAAGCAAAACUUUCCGCUCUGUUGGAUGGAGCACGUUGUUUGAUUGUAUAUCAAUAUAUGAGGAUAAGUUCAAACAGUCUCUUCAAAGUGCUGGAGCAAUAUUGCCUGAGUUCCAGGAGGGGGAUGCAAAAGCACUUGUUGCAUAUCUGAGUGUUCUUCAAAAGGUUAUUGAGAACGGGAAUCCCAUUGAAAGAAAGAACUGGUUUCCUGACAUUGAGCCACUCUUUAAACUGCUUAGUUAUGAAAACGUGCCUCCCUAUUUGAAGGGUGCUUUUCGUAAUGCUAUAUCUACUUUCAUUCAAGUUUCUCCAAAUAUAAAAGGGACCAUUUGGAAUUUUCUCGAGCAAUAUGAUCUGCCAGUUGUUGUGGGACCUAAUGUUGGGAAUAAUUCACAACCAUUUACCACACAGGUGUAUGACAUGAGAUUUGAAUUAAAUGAAAUAGAAGCCAGGAGAGAACAGUACCCUUCGACAAUAUCAUUCCUGAACCUUUUAAAUGCGCUUACUGCUGAAGAAAGGGACGUAGGGGAUAGAGGACGAAGAUUCAUUGGUAUAUUCAGAUUUGUAUAUGAUCAUGUUUUUGGCCCAUUUCCUCAAAGAGCCUAUGCUGAUGCUUCUGAAAAAUGGCAAUUGGCUAUUUCUUGUCUUCAGCAUUUCCGAAUGAUCCUGAAAAUGUACGAUACAACAGAUGAAGACAUAGACAGUGGUGCUGAUCAAUCAUCAGGGUCACAAUCAACCCCACUUCAGAUGCAAAUCCCUAUCAUUGAGUUGUUAAAAGAUUUUAUGAGUGGAAAAACCAUAUUCAGGAAUAUCAUGGGCAUUCUUUUGCCCGGAGUGAAUUCCAUCAUUACACAGCGUUCAACCAAAACUUAUGGCCUACUUUUAGAGAAGGCUGUGCUGUUGUCCUUGGAAAUUUUAAUACUGGUUUUGGAGAAGGAUUUGAUUGUUUCUGACUAUUGGCGCCCUCUGUACCAGCCUUUGGAUGUCAUACUUGCUCAAGACCAUAAUCAAAUUUUAGCUAUACUGGAAUAUGUCAGAUAUGAUUUUCGACCGGAGAUUCAACAAUGCUCUAUCAAGAUUAUGAGUAUCUUAAGUAAUCGCAUGGUAGGCCUUGUGCCAUUGCUAUUAAAAAAUAACGCAGCAAACUCUUUGGUUGAAGACUAUGCUGCUUGUCUAGAACUAAGAUCUGAAGAAUGCCAAGUCGUAGAAAACAGCAGUGAUGACCCCGGCGUUCUCAUCAUGCAGCUUCUUAUUGAAAACGUUUCUCGUCCAGCCCCAAAUGUUACACAUUUGUUGCUCAAGUUUGAUCUUGAUACCUCAAUUGAAAGAACAAUUUUGCAACCCAAGUUCCAUUACAGCUGCUUGAAGGUUAUUCUCGAUAUUUUGGAAAAGCUUUCUAAACCCGAUGUCAAUUCUUUGCUUCACGAAUUUGGUUUUCAGCUUCUAUAUGAAUUAUGCUCGGAUACCCUAACAUGUGGCCCUACUAUGGAUCUUUUGAGUAAAAAGAAGUAUCAGUUCUUUGUAAAACACUUAGAUACAGUGGGUGUUGAACCACUUCCAAAGAGGAAUAGCAGCCAAGCUUUUCGUAUUAGCUCCCUCCAUCUGAGGGCUUGGUUGUUGAAGCUUCUAGCUAUAGGACUGCAUGCUGGGGAUAUGACAAAUACCAACUAUCGUGAAACAUGUCAAAGCAUUCUUGCUCACUUGUUCGGGCAACAGUCAACUGAAUAUAAUCUUGAUCAUAGUAUUUCCCCAUCUGUUACUCGUAAUCACCCUGAAGGUGUUGGAAAUAGAGUAGUCGCCAGGAGUAAGGUGUUGGAAUUGCUUGAGAUUGUUCAGUUUAGAUCUCCUGAUACUACUGUAAAGUACUCACAAGCACUAUCCAAUAUGAAAUAUGGCUAUAUUGCUGAAGAUGUACUUGGAAGUCCUGCAGCUUCCGAAAAGGGUGGUGUCUAUUACUAUUCAGAGCGUGGUGAUCGUUUGAUUGAUCUGGCUGCAUUACGUGACCAACUAUGGCAGAAAUGCAAAUUUGAUACCCCCCAAAUGAGCUCAUAUGGUAGUGAAAUUGAGAUCAUAGAAGUCAGAGAUACUGUUCAGCAGCUCUUGCGAUGGGCAUGGAAGUACAAUAAGAACCUUGAAGAACAAGCUGCACAGCUACAUAUGUUAAAUGGCUGGUCCCAACUUGUCGAGGUAUCCGCAUCCAGACGAAUAUCAUUUCUUGAAGCUCGCUCUGAAAUAAUGUUCCAGUUGCUUGAUGCUUCAUUGACUGCUUCUGGUUCUCGAGAUUGUUCACUUAAGAUGGCAUUUAUUUUGAGCCAGGUUGCACUGACAUGCAUGGCAAAACUGCGUGAUGAAAGGUUUCAAAGCCCCGGGCCCUUAUCCACUGAUACUGUUUCAUAUCUUGAUAUUGUAACGCUUAAGCAAUUAUCGAAUGGGGCUUGCCACUCUAUCUUGUUCAAACUUAUCAUCGCAAUUCUAAGGAAUGAGUCAUCAGAAGCAUUAAGGAGACGCCAGUAUGCGCUAUUACUUAGUUACUUCCAGUAUUGUCAGCACAUGCUAGAUCCAGAUGUUCCAACAACUGUGUUGCAAGGUUUACUAGUCAAUGAGGAGGAUAGUGAAGAUGUUGAUCUUCAGAAGAUCGACAAAGAUCAGGCUGAAUUAGCUCGGGCAAACUUUUCGAUCUUGAAGAAAGAAGCUCAAGGCAUCCUAGAUAUGGUCACUAAAGAUGCUACUCAAGCCAGUGAAUCUGGAAAGACAAUGGCACUCUACGUUUUAGAUGCAUUGGUUUGCAUUGAUCAUGAGAAAUUCUUCUUGAGCCAGCUCCAAAGCAGAGGCUUUUUGAGAUCAUGCCUCAUGAGCAUCAGUAAUAGUUCUUAUCAGGAUGGUGGGCAUUCAAUAGAUCCACUGCAGAAACUGUAUACUCUUGAGGCUGUACUUGCUUUAUUGCUGAGAAUAAGCCACCAUUAUGGGAAAUCAGGGGCACAAGUUCUGUUUACCAUGGGCGCAAUGGAACAUAUUUCAUCAUGCAAGGCAAUCAACUUGCAGCUGAAGGGAAGUCUAAAGCGUGUUAAUAAUAAGUUUGGUGGAGACCAAUCUGUUGUUGGUCACAAACGGAUGGCCAUCACUCCGUUGCUGAGGCUAGUGUUCUGCCUAACUUCAGUGGUGAAUACAUCUGAAUUUUUUGAGGUGAAGAAUAAGGUCGUUCGCGAGGUCAUUGAUUUUAUAAGUCAUCAGUUGCUCUUCGAUCGAAUUCUUCGUGAAGAUGUUUCUCAUGCUGAUGAGCUAACAAUGGAGCAGAUGAAUCUUGUUGUUGGUAUACUAAGCAAGGUGUGGCCAUAUGAAGAGAGUGAUGAGCAUGGUAUUGUUCAAGGCCUUUUUGGUAUGAUGCGUUCUCUGUUUGCACGCAAUACAGAAUUUCUUACAUUAGGCAAAUCAUCUCUCUCUGUGGAGAAUGGAUGGAAAUCAGAACUGAACAUGUUUCGCCUUUGCUUCAGCCUGAACUCUUAUCUUUACUUUUUGGUCACAAGGAAAUCCAUUAGACUACAGGUGUCGGAGGGUUCAGUUAAUUAUUCAGCUCAUGCUGAACAGCAACAACCAACAUUGAGCUUACUCAGCUCAUUUCUUGACUCUGUCACAAGUGCUCUUGAAAGAGCAGCUGAGGAAAAAUAUCUUUUGCUUAGCAAGAUUCAGGACAUCAAUGAGUUAUCAAGACAAGAAGUGGAUGAAAUCAUUAAUAUGUAUUCUUGUGGAGACUCUGAUCCUCCGUCAGACAAUAUUCAGAAAAGGCGGUAUACUGCAAUGGUCCAAAUGUGCCAGAUUGUUGGUUACAGAGACCAGCUUGUUACACUGUUACUGCUGCUUGCUGAGAAUGUACUCAAUAUCAUCCUUGUGCAUUUCCAGGAUGGAUCUUCUACAUAUGAUUCCAAUCGAGCUACGAAUGUAUUAACAUAUGGUACAGAGUCUGACUCUGAUGAGCCCUUGAGUGCUCUAUGUACAAAGCUGAUGCCAACGUUAGAAAGACUUGAAUUGUUAACUGAGAGGAAAACAGGUCAUAGCCUCAAGGUAUUCCAGAGACUGGUGAAUUCACUGAAGGAAAUGGCAUGUCAGAAGUUAUCUUUAUAAGAUAGAAGAAACAAUUUUGAGCUACUGAAUAUCCACACAUCAUGUUUAGUUACAUCCACAAAGUCAGAUUUAUGUGCCGCAUUCGGUAUAAUACUUCUUAUGAUAGGAUAGGCACUUAGGCAGUUGUAAUUCUGUUAUUGUAUCUUUGUUGUAAUUGAUGUUUAUGGGCUACUUUGUAUAGGUGAAAAGACAAUGAAAUUGAAAGUUGGUGCACUGGUUUAAUAGAUGUAAAAAUGUUAAGUUGAAA